AUGCCCGUUGUGAAGACUGUGUCGUGUACAACCGAUAGUUUUCGAGAUCUUAACGGCGAACAAAGGUUUCAAAAGGCAAGCCGUGUCUGCUACAACGCCGCGGGGAUCUGCCCAGGAAAGUCCUGCGAGGGGCAUGCAUCCGCUGAGAUCGAGAGGAGAGAAGGCUACCACCCGCAGAUGAUUAGCCUCCAGCCUGCCUCGAUGCUCAAGGAAUGGGCAGGCGGAUUGCGCCGUGAAGGGUUGGACCAGCAGAACUUGGGUCAGCCUGUACACAUCGUCCUCUAA